AUGAAACUGAACUUCCCAGCCUCUAAGGAAAUCAGGAGCAAGCUGAGAUUGGGAGAUCAAAAUGAAACCUUGUUGAGAGAUAUUAAAGGACACAGAUCAAUCCAAGAUGAGCAGUGCCAGCUGUUGAGUCCACUGGAGCAAAAUGGACAAGCUGAAAGUCUCAAAAGGAAGAGGUCCGCCCCAUCCCAAGCUGCUGCUGCAGGAGGACCUCCAGGUGGGCCAGGAAAUCCUGGAGAUGGAGGACCAACGCAACCAGUCAACACCACCAGCAACAGAAGGCUGCAGCAAACACAGGCUCAGGUCGAUGAGGUAGUGGACAUCAUGCGAGUGAAUGUGGACAAAGUCCUUGAGCGAGAUCAGAAGCUAUCAGAGCUCGAUGAUCGUGCAGAUGCACUCCAAGCUGGAGCAUCACAAUUUGAAACAAGUGCUGCUAAGCUGAAGAGGAAGUAUUGGUGGAAAAAUUGCAAGAUGGUGAUUAUACUUGGAGCAAUAUGUGCAUUCAUUAUCAUCGUUAUCAUAAGUAAGUACCUCUACUGGAAUACAUGA